UCCCUGCUCCGUCCCCACGAUCACUCGACACCAAGCUUCCUCGUAGCUUCCCCCAUUGUCCUCCUUCCCCACAAUAUAUACAUCUCGUAGCUGCCAUCGCCAUGUUCGGCUCGUCGGAUCCUCUGAGAGAAGCCGUGGAGGCUUUUGUUGCCUUCCCACCCAAGGGCAAGCCAUACAGUGUACCACUCCCAGGGUCUGAAGUCGAGGGCCGAUCACCUGUAUACCGCCAUUGGAAUUAUACAAACAAGCCUUUGUUGGAAACUCUGGUUCCUACACUCAGAACAGUACACGAUGGGUUCGAACAUGCCGCUGCCACAUACCCAAAGUCGAGAUGCGUAGGUCAUCGCCCUUAUGAUCCCGCCACGAAGACAUACGGUGCAUAUGUAUGGGCGGAUUACCAGACAGUCUACACGCGGAGGACGAAUCUUGGUGCUGGCCUGGUGCAUCUCCACAAGCAAGCGGGUGUAACAGAACAGAGCUAUGGAAUUGGUCUGUGGUGUCAAAACAGGCCUGAGUGGCAGAUUACAGAUUUGGCCGCCAUGUCGCAACGCUUGUUCACCGUCUCCAUCUACGACACUCUCGGCCCUGAGUCCACCGAGUACAUCAUCAACCACUCUGAGCUCACGUGUGUGGUUACGUCCUUGAACCAUGUGACUGCUCUCCUCAAGCUCAAGCCGCGGUUGCCCACCCUCAAAAUCAUCGUUGUAAUGGACCCAAUCUCCUCUGGCGAGCUUCCAGGAGAAUCCAAAGCGGACCUAUUGAACUCAUUGGCAUCUGAAGUGGGUGUUGCCAUCUAUUCCAUCGCAGAUGUAGAAGCUCUAGGCGAAAAGAGCCCACUUCCUCUCAACCCACCCUCUGCAGACGACGUUGUCACCGUCAACUAUACCUCUGGGACAACGGGCAACCCCAAAGGUGUAGUGCUCACCCAUCGAGCUGCUUGGGCUGCAUCAUGCGUGUCUAUGGUCAUGUUCAACAGCUCUUCGUCCACAGUUCUUUGCUCUUUCCUACCUUUGGCCCACAUCUUCCAGCGAUUGGGAGAGAACACCGCAUUUUCUUCCGGCUCUUCUAUUGGUUAUUUCCAUGGUGAUAUCACUCAACUUGUGGACGAUCUGAAAUUGGUUCGACCCACACAGUUUUCGGGUGUCCCUCGACUAUACAACCGUUUUGGCGGCGCCAUCAAAGCUGCAACCACCGAACAGGCCGGCUUCAAGGGCACUCUGUCACGUCACAUCAUAUCUACUAAGCUUGCCAAUAUGAGCGACAAACAGAAUCCCACUAACAAGCACGCUCUCUACGACCGUAUCUGGUCCAAGAAAGUGGCUGCGGGCAUUGGUCUGGACCGCGCCACCCACAUGGUCAGCGGCUCUGCCCCCAUCGAUCCUUCUUUACACCAAUUUCUUCGCGUUGUUUUCGCCAAUGAGUUUGUGCAGGGCUGGGGUAUGACGGAGACAUAUGCCAUGGGCACUGUCCAGGCAACGAAAGAGGAUUAUUCCACAGGCACAUGCGGUGGUUUGACACCGUCCACCGAGGCCUGUCUUCUCGAUGUGCCUGAUAUGGAAUACUACUCUACCGACAAGCCUUUCCCCCGCGGAGAAUUGCUUGUUCGGAGCAGCACACUUUUCAGGGAAUAUCUCAAGAAUCCGGAAGAGACAAGCAAGGCUCUUGAUGCGGAGGGAUGGCUACACACGGGCGAUAUUGCCACGUUUGAUGGGAUGGGUCGUGUGAAGAUUAUUGAUCGCAGGAAAAACGUCCUUAAGCUUGCUCAAGGCGAGUACAUCUCGCCCGAGCGCAUCGAGAAUGUUUACUUGGCGAAUUGUCCAUGGAUCGCCACUGCCUACGUUCACGGCGACAGCCACCAAUCCUUCCUGGUCGGCAUUUUCGGCGUCGCGCUUGAUAUGUUCCCAGCAUUCGCGAGCAAAGUACUCGGAGAGAAGAUUGAAGUUGGUGAUGUGGAGAAGCUCAAGGCUGCCAUCACGAACAAGAAGGUGGAACAGGCGGUUCUUAAGGAAUUCGAUCGUGUGGCGAAAAAGAACAAGUUCAACAGUUAUGAGAAGGUCAAGGCCGUACGACUUUUUAUCGACCCGUUCACCAUCGACAACGAGUUGCUAACGCCAACACUGAAAUUGAAGAGACCUCAAACCGCGAAAAAGUUCAGACAGCACUUGGACGACUGUUACGAGGAGGCCCUUGCUGCAGAAGCAAGUGGCAAGAACAGCAAGGCGAAGUUGUAA